UGGCCGUGAGGUGCAAAACACUUCAACAUUAGCGAAACACCUACAAACUUUGAAACACCUACAAACUUUAAUGAAGCACAAUUACAAAAGCACCGUGACAUUAACGAAACCCCUACAACAUUAACAAAAGUGCUACAACAUUAACGAAAGCACUACAAACUUUAUUGAAGCGCAAUUACAAAAGCACUGUAACAUUGACGAAACCCCUACAACAUUACGAAAGCGCUACAACAUUACAAAACCCCCACAACAUUACGAAAGCGCUACAACAUUAGCAAACCGGAAGAGGUACGUCCCAGUGGGAAACCUAAGACGUCGUUGAUUGGACGACAGCUCGUUUUACUUUUGAACCGGAAGUUAUUCUGGUGUGUGCUUCGUUUGAAUGAAAAGCAAAGCAAGCAGGACAACGGUCACGUCGCUAUGUUUUGCUCAAACUGUGGAAAAGAGCUGGUCGAGCCGUCACCAAACUUUUGCAGCAGUUGUGGCAAGAGGCUUGAAGUUUGUCCGGAGGAUACUCCACAAUGUUCAACACAACAGUCUGUCCCAUCCUGCCCUACACCAGCCCUCAGCACCUUCCUUGAAUACAGAAAAAAGAAAAACGAGGAGCGACAAAAGUAUUCUGUUGGGAGAAAGGGAUUAAAGCAAAAGGACAAACUUAAAGUUCGGAUAAAUAUUGGCUUGAUGACCAUUCAGAAGAAUUGUCUAAAGCCUCAACGUGGAAGAACUAUUACUCUGCUAACAAACCCGGAUGUCUCUCCCACACCUCUGCUCAGUCUUGCAGUUAAAAAAAUGAAGGACUUUAACCAAUAUUUGAAAGAUGGACCUUUCCUCCUUCUGUACCCAGAUGGGACAGAGGUUAUUAAUAUUCCUGGGACACAGACGCCUUUUACCCUUGCAGCCUAUAAGGCUGAACUUGGCAAGCCAUAUCAAAGGAUAUGUCUUUUCCUCUGCUCGAGAAAUGACUUUGAAGAAGUUGGAAAAUUAUCAGACUUGUCUGAUUCUGACCCAGAGAUUGUUUUCACAAAAUCCUCUGACUUUGAUCUGGCUGAUACACUGCCAUGGGAACCUGCGAGUGAAAGCAGUCCUUUACAAAAGGACACAGAAACAGAGGAUGGUGUUGGGGAGCUUGUACUUGGAAAUGAAGUACAACAGGUUAUGGAUGACAACGGCAACAAUCCAGGCACCAGUCAAUGUGUCACUGUCCAGAGCUCCUGUUACAGAGACUACACCAAUCUAUUUGAGCCGAUUGUUAUUGAUGACGAUGAGAUUGAAGAUUUAGCAGAGGACAAAAAGCAGGACCUGCCCCCUGAAGAACAUGUAGAAACAAAUGUGCAGCCACAGGAUAUCAUUGCUGAACUGGCCAUUUAUAUUGACCACACGAAAGUCAGCCGGUUCAAUAUAUGUCGGACUGAUGUGUGGGAUGGGGCUGUUCGGGGCUUUAAGCGUAGCACAUACUCCGACAACAACGACAUGUUCAUCAGAUUUAAUGAUGACGCUGGCUGUUUGGAGGAAGGGUUGGAUGCAGGUGGCCCGAGGCGUGAGUUUCUCACGCUUCUUAUGGCCAUUCUGAGAAAUCGCCCGAUCUUUGAUGGACCCCCCGAAAGCCGUUACAUUGUGUGCAAUUCCAGAGGUGACUCAUUUUUAGGUUAAUGAAGUGGUAGUACUUCUAAAAUGAAAAUUUGUUGAAAUAUCUGCUUAUGUUUCUGUCAUAAACAAUCUAAGAUUUAAUUGCAUACAAUAAUUCUGUGCUCUGUACAACAGCUGCCAGGGAAGAUGAGUUUUUUUUAGCAGGAAAGAUGAUCGCUGUAUCGAUAGUACAUGGGGGACCAGCACCACAUUUCCUUUCAAAGAACGUCGUCAACUACAUGAUAGGGAAUCCCAGUUUCAGCGCCAAUAUUGAAGAUGUUAAAGAUGAGGAAAUAGGGAAAGUUUUAAAACAGGUAGGAACAGACCUAGAUUUAGGGAAUAGAAACAAAAUAAUUACGUUUUCUCAAAGUUUGACAAAUUUUCUUGUUUUGAAAGGUCCAGUUUCAGCCUGUCUCAACAGAUGUGAAAUCACAAAUGCAAAAAAUGUCUGUAAUUUCUGUAUUUUGUAUUCGUAAAAAAAACUUCUCAUAAUAAACUUCUUGUUUUAUAGGUCCUGGAAGCUGAAUCGGAUGAGUCUUUGCAAAAUGUAAUUUUGCAAAACAGCGGGAUGUUCCAAACUGCUGGCUGCUUCAGAGAUGUGAAGACUUCUGAGAAGCAAGCUUUUGUAGAGGAGUAUCUUAGAUGGUACAUCCUUGAGAGAAACCACAGUGCCAUUCAACGAUUCAAAGAUGGACUGGCAAGUCUUGGUUUUUUCGCUGCACUGCAACAGCAUCCCAGUGUCCUGUCCCCAGUCCUGUGUUUCUCUGCCAAGGCCCUGACUGCUUCAGACUUGGAAAACAUGUUCAAACCAGAUCUCAGCCCAGUAGGAAGCAAUAGGCGGCAAAAGGAGGGCAAAACAGUUGUGUUCUGGGCAGAUUAUUUGCUUGAUUGCGAAG